UGCCUUUGUCACAGCGGGCCGCAUAGUGGGGUUGCAAGCCUGAAGAUUUCGAACUUGUGUGGUUGGAGUGCGCAGGCAAGGAUCGGGUGUCGAAGAUGUACAAGUACUUGGGUGGGCGUACAAGCACAGCAACACCAUGUGGUGGUUACAUUAGCUCGUGUACGGAGUACCCAACGGCGUGUUUUUUUGUUUCAUUCUUUUUUUUUUUUUUUUCUCACUCUCCCUUGCUUGUGUUCUUGCUGCAGGCGGCGGUAGCCUCUCGCAUUCAUUCACGGAGUCGGGCGAAUCUCCAUCGGCUGUUUGUGGCACUGUCAUCACAUCACCGCCCAUCGCGAGAAUCUCGGCAGGCGGCGCCAAAAGAUGAUGGAUUAUGCUGGGGUCCCGCUUCUCUCGUUGCGGUUACUGUGCUACCUAGUAGUCAGGACAUUAGUAGUAUAUGCUGGCAUGUUCGGAGCGCCGCUUGGACGGGAAAUGGCGCGAUAUCAUCUCUCACCCAAGCACAAGGACAUCUAGACUCGGGCAACGGGGAGAGACCUCCGUAUGCUGGCGGAAAGCAAAUCCCCACCCGAGUCAAGGAAUGAUUCUCCCCCUCUUGUGUGCGAUUCUCUCCGGGAAGUGUCCUGUGCUCAGUCAUGCAGACCUGGGUACUAGGUAGAGAUGCCGCAGCC